AUGCCGAGGUCGGUGGUAGUCGCUGGGGGCGGCAUUAGUGGGCUGACCGCCUGCUACCAUCUGGUGAAGGAUGCCAAGGUGCCCAAGGUGAUUUUGCUGGAGAGCAGCUCCAGGCUCGGCGGAUGGAUGCGCUCCACGCGGACAGACGAUGGCGCUGUGUUUGAGCAUGGCCCCCGCGGCAUGCGCCCGGCGGGAGUGGUGGGCAAGAACUCCCUGUGUAUGGUGUCUGAACUCGGCCUGGAGAGCGAUCUGAUCCCCAUCCCAAGUAGUCACCCCGCUGCCAGGAACCGUUUCCUCUACGUCCACAAGGCUCUGCACAGAAUGCCCUCCAGUCUGGGGGGGGUCCUCCGUACCAUCCCCCCCUUCUCCAGACCAUUGUUCCUGUGUGGCCUGCAGGACCUGACCGCUCCCCGCGGGUCCCGGGAGGACGAGAGCGUCCAUGAUUUCUUCACAAGACGCUUCGGGAAAGAGUUGGCGGACAUCGUGGUGGACAGUCUGUGUCGGGGGGUAUUUGCCGGGGACUGUCGGAGGCUCAGCCUGCGCUCCUGCUUUCCCUUCCUGCAUGAUGCUGAAGCUCGGAAGAGAUCGGUCAUCCUGGGUAUGGCGACAGGCGGAGAGAAAACCCCGGAACUGGAUUCACCUCUCAUCCAGAAGGCCAAGAAGGAGCGUUGGAGCCAGUGGUCGCUGCGCGGGGGGAUGCAGACGCUGUCUGAUGCACUGGAGGAUUACAUCAAGCAGAGGGGGGUAGAGAUACACAAGGACACCCCCAUGGAGGCCAUGGAGAGGACCCCCAACAACAGCUGGAAGGUGCCUGCCAGGGGUGGGCGGAACAAACUCAAAAUUCAGCUUCCACCGAAACGGGUUAUUUUUUUCUCGUUGGAGCGGGUGGGAGGAGUUAUAGCCCCAAGGGGGUGA